GGCGCGGUGUUUAGACUCCACUGAUGUCGUGGCGCUUUGGGGAAUGAAGUUGGUGUUGGCAGGACCCUAGUACUGAAGACGCGGUCCGGGUGACCCCUACCUCUUUCCUGCUACCCUCCCCCGCUCGCCUUUUCCUCUUAACUGUGUCAGGAUGAGGCGUGCAGGCCUGGGUGAGGGAGUACCCCCUGGCAACUAUGGGAACUAUGGCUAUGCGAGUAGUGGGUAUAGUGCCUGUGAAGAAGAAAAUGAGCGACUCACUGAAAGUCUGAGGAGCAAAGUCACCGCUAUCAAAUCUCUUUCCAUUGAAAUAGGCCAUGAAGUUAAAAAUCAAAAUAAAUUACUAGCUGAAAUGGAUUCACAAUUUGAUUCUACAACUGGAUUUCUAGGUAAAACUAUGGGAAAACUGAAGAUUUUAUCCAGAGGGAGCCAAACAAAACUGCUGUGCUAUAUGAUGCUGUUUUCAUUAUUUGUCUUUUUUGUCAUUUAUUGGAUUAUUAAACUGAGGUGAUGCAAGUAAGUUUGGGUUUGGAAUUUGUUCCAUCUUCAUGGCUUGGAGUACCAUUUUGAUGAAAAUCAGCAGUAAAACAUUCCUAAUUUUCAAAUACCAUGGCCUUUUCCAUCGAAAAUUACUGAAUUUUGCUUAUUUUAUAAAUCACAUUAGAUAAUACAGUGCUCUUUGAAUACUGUUUGCUGUUGACUCAUUUUAGCCCCUAUUUUCAGGGGUAUUGAGAUAGUGUGGCGCUAUCAUUUUUUUUCCUAUUGUUUGCUGACUGUCAGAUUAGAUAGCAUCUGUUAUCUAAAAACAGAAAAUAUUCUGUUUUUACAUAAGUAGGACUUUGUGUUAUAUGUAAGGAAAGUUAGUGGGAUAGUAACAGAAUGCCUGGAGAGCACUGGUAAUUAAAUUUUGUAAACUGUGAUGAUGUGCUCCCCUUUCCUCCUUUAUUUAAUUAAAAUUACAAGCCUAUUUUUUUUUAACUACAAUCUUAUUAAUAAUUUGUGAUGAUAUGACCCUUCUUCUUUGCCCAAAGACCUCAUUCUUUAAAUAAAGCUUGUUAUUUCAGCAUAUUUCUACUAGGGCCCGAUGUCCAUGCAUAUCAGUAUAGUUGUUUUAUAUUAACUUUGUAAAUUCCAUUGGCUUGUCUUAUAAUAGGUUUAUGAUUUUUGGUGCUUAGGCCAUUUGAUUAUCGUUUGUGACUGAAUAAUGUGAAGUUAAGUAAUUGCUAAGCUCUGAAUGGAAAUAAAACAUUCAAGAAAAUUAAUUGCCUCUGUUUUAUUACAUGUUCACAAAAGAUAUUGGAAAUACUCAGGCAUUAAACUUGGAGUUAAAAGUAUUUUUGCUUUAAUCCAGUGUACUUGUUUUUAGAAGGCAAAAGACAAAGGUGGACUGUUGAGUAAAAACAUAUUAAAAUAUUGUUAAAUUCUCUGUAUUGCCACUAUUUUGGAAUUUAUGUAUAGGCUUCAAAAAUAAAUUUGUAAAUAAAUUACAUUAAUUGAC